AUCUAUUGUGAGCGAGCAGCCUCUCCACUCCGAGUGUUCAUAGUCUGUGAUUCUGCACUAGUGAAUGGAGAUACCGACACCCAAAAUUCACUUUCGCAAAUUGCCUAGUUAAAUACCCCAAAGUGGAUGUAUGGUUAGGACUGUGGCAUCUGGUCGUGCCACUGGGUGACGGAAAGGCCGGCACCAGUGCCACACGACAGCGCUAUGACCAUCGCAAUGAUAGCAAAUCAGGACCCACAGGAGGGACCACCUAACACUCCACCACAGGGUAGUGAUGGAGAAGUGUUGGGUGAAGGUGAGGGUGAGGAUUUGGGUGGUGGGGAGCCCGAUUUUCCCCUGGCUGACUUGGCCAGACUAGAUGAGAUGAUACACCGACAAAGAUGGGUGGUCCCGGUUUUACCCAAGUGUGAGCUGGAGCUCUUGCUGGAAGCCUCCAUCGAUCUCUGUACUCGGGGUGUAGAUACAAGAAGUGAGGCAUGUCAGAGAUUCUUCAGGGAAGGGCUGACCAUUUCUUUCACCAAAAUCCUUACUGAUGAGGCUGUAAACAGCUGGAAGUUUGAAAUUCAUAGAUGUAUCCUCAAGAACUGUGAAAAGUUAAUAGAAUUAGUUGUAGUGAAACUGCACCAGGACUGGUUUCCCUUACUUGACCUUCUUGCUAUGGUGCUCAGCCCUAAUUCCAAGUUUCAUACGUUUAAUGGAACUCGUCCUUCAGAAACUGUACCACAGGGGUCACAGAUCCUUGACUAUGAACUAUUUGCCAGACCGCCUGAUCCAAGAAAUCCCAGAGGUUGGCUGGUGGAUCUUAUCAAUCUUUUUGGAAAACUUGGUGGCUUUCAAAUUCUUCUUGAAAGAUUUCAGUCUGGGAAGAAUCUCUCAGUUCCUGUAAUCUGUGCCCUCUUAAGACCAUUUGGCCUCUGCUUUGAGAUGCUCACUGUACCUACUAUAGAGAAAUACUUCAUGCCUAUUGUAGAGGUAGUUCCAGCCUUUUUAGAGAAUCUUACCGAUGAGGAAUUAAAGAAAGAGGCCAAGAAUGAGGCCAAAAAUGACGCGCUUUCUGCAAUCAUCAAAGCCAUCAAGUGCCUGGUGUCUCGAGUGCCCAGUCAAGAGGAGACUGCCAAAAAUCUUGAGUUUUUUAGACUAAAAAUGAUACUCAGGUUAUUGCAAAUCUCAUCCUUCAAUGGGAAGAUGAAUGCCUUGAAUGAAGUAAACAAGGUGAUUACUAAUGUUUCUUAUUAUUCACAUCGUCAUGGACCUGUUGAAGAGGAGGAAUGGUUGACUGCAGAGCGCAUGGCGGAGUGGAUCAAGGAGAACCGUGUGCUUCAGAUAGUGCUUAGAGAUUCCCUCCACCAACCACAAUAUGUUGAGAAGUUAGAAAAGAUUAUUCGCUUCAUUAUCAAGGAGAAAGUUCUAACUCUGCUGUGGUCCUUAGCCCAUUCAGAUGAUGUACCAACUGAGAUAAUGGACCAGGCCCUAAAUGCUCAUGUUAAGAUUUUAGAUUAUUCAUGCUCACAGGACAGAGAUAUUCAGAAGAAACACUGGUUGGAUAGAUGCGUUGAAGAACUAAAGCAUGACAAGUGGGUACUUCCAGCCUUGAAGCAGAUACGAGAGAUAUGUUGUUCUUAUAGUGAAGCACCACCCAAUUUCUCUCAACAUCAGCGCCCUACGCCACAUGUUAGCUACCGCCACGAUAUCAUCUCCAAACUUCAAAAUCAGCAUUCCCUUGUUGUGCUUGUGGCUGAUAAUCUCACAACAUAUAUGAAGAAUAUUAGAAUUGCUGCAAAAGAAAAUCCUGACCUGAAUCCAGCAGAUAUUAUACCUGAUCGGCGGUAUAAUCAUAUAUACCAAGUUCAAGAACGCCUUAGUUUUCUUAGGUUUUUACUAAAGGAUGGGCAGUUAUGGUUGUGUGCACCCCAGGCUAAACAGAUUUGGAACUGUCUAGCGGAGAGUGCUGUUUUCACUGUCGAUCGAGAGUCCUGUUUCAAAUGGUUUUCAAAACUUAUGGGGGAUGAGCCAGAUCUUGACCCUGAAAUCAACAAGGACUUCUUUGAGAACAACAUCUUGCUACUUGAUCCCUCGUUGUUAACUGAGAAUGGCAUGAAGUGUUUUGAUCGUUUUUUUAAAGCUGUUAAUUCCAAAGAAGGUAAACUGAUUCUCAAAAGGAGAGUAUACCUUAUGGAUGAUGAUGACCUUAUAGGUGUAGAUUAUGUCUGGAGAGUGGUAUUAUGUGGGACGGAAGAUAUUGCAUCUCGUGCCAUUGAAUUGUUGCGAGAAACUUACACAAAUCUUGGGCCAAGGCUUCAAGCCAAUCAGGUUAUCAUUCAUGAUGACUUCCUUUCAAGCUGUAUGUCUCGGCUUAAGGCAAUGUAUGACACUGUAUCAGUGUUGGAUCAGGAUAAGGAUUCUAUUAAUAGAGUUCGACAAGAAACUACAAGAAUGUGCCGAGUCCUUAAAGUUUUAUAUGAAUAUGUAUCUGAAUGUGAUGGUGACUUUGGGGAUGACCGCUCUAUUCUUCCUCUUGGAAGAGCAUCAAGAGGAAAGCACCUGUCAUUGUUAGUAAGAUUUCCUGUUCAAGGCCGGCAGCCUGAUGAGAUUGAUGUAUGGACACAUACCAAUGACACGAUGGGUUCUAUAAGGAGGCAGGUACUUCAUCGAUUGAAAUCUACAGCUCCAAAUGUGAAAGUAGAACUUUAUUUAAAUACAGAUCCAAUAGACCCUGUAGAUGAUAAAAAGAUCAUUGCUCACAUGCCUCUCAGAGAUAAAAUGGUAUUAACAGCGAAGCUUGUCCAGGUGGGAAGCAAUAUGCCAUCGUCUCCAGACAGCUCUUCAGACUCUUCCACAGGAUCUCCUCAGCAUCCAUAUGAGGGACCUAAUGUAGAAGCUGAAAAUUGUCUUCCUGGUGUUAUAAUGUCUGGUCAAGCCAAGUACACACAGUUUCUUCUACAAUUAGCUGACCUUGGCUGUACCUUACAACUAUCACAAUUAAGGGACAGUGCAAGGGCACUGCUUAAUAUUAUGCCUGCUGAUCAGUAUACAGUUAAUAAUCUCCGGAAAAUAUGCUUGGAACAUGCUAAAAUUGGUGAGCAGAGUAUGUCCCCUUCCUUGGAGAGCAUUGUAUUUUCAUCUUCACCAUCACAGGUUCUCUACAAUUUACAGGUACUGUACUCCCUACUCAUGCCAGCUCAUAACCCCAUGGCAGAAAAGGCACUGGAGUUCCAGUAUAACUUCAUGAAGAGUGGUGGAGUUAAGCUAAUUAUUGAUAUGCUAGCCAAGAAUAACUUCUUAUCAAGUACUGACAUGCCAACAAAAAGGUCAGCCUUCUUGGUGGUAUUAAAGUUGGCAAAAUUGGCAUUUGUAACAGUGGGUUAUGCCAUUGUUAAUGUUAUAGCAGGUUCUGUUACAUCUAGUGGUACAACCACCUCGAAUGUUAAUGGUGGAACGGAAGAUGUCUCAUCUCCAUCAACAGGUGCCAGUAGCUUAACAGCCUCCACUCAUACACAAGCUCUGGUGCUACAAGAAGCUCUCCACCACAUUCCUAAUCCUGCUUCAGAUUGCAUGGUGCGGAAUGUGGCUUCUCGUCUUGCUCAAUCACUUCACGACCAGGUCACUAUCACAUCAUGCCUCUGGGCUCACUUUGUCACAGGUGUAGUUCCUGAUAUGAGUGUUGUUAGAGCUAUUCUCAAAAUUACCUGGGCUUCUGCAGCUGGGCAAGUCCAUCUCAUAACAUCAUCAUUAGAUGAAAUUGAAAAAGCAACUGAACGACCACCAACUAAACCCCCAGAUCCAGAAGACUUACAAGUGUGUCGUGAAGGUCUGGAGACAUUGUCUGUGGUAUUGGCCCUUUACCCUCCUGCCUUGGAAACUCUGACCAAGGAUACACAGUUCCACAAGUUGGUUAUGGGGUUGGUGCUAGUGGGUGGGGAGCGCAGUAUUCGACAGUGUGCAGUGGAGCAGUUGUUGCUGAUGGCGACAAAAUGUUCCAAUUCCCCUCACACGCUUGUGGUCUUCAUUGUCAUGCUCUUUAAUGUUCUUAAUGGCCUUAAUGGCGAGUAUUCCAAGGAGUAUUUCCAGUUGCUGUGUGGAUUACUGAACUGGGCGUGUGUAUCAAGUGUGGCUGUGACAGGUGUUGAUCGCCUGUUAACAACGGAAGUGGAAUGGCUGAAGAAUGUACGAGCCAGUGUAGCUCAAAUGGCCCAAGGUGGCCCAGAGCCCCCUGUAGACGACACACUACUUGAGGGCCAUUUGUGUGUCACACGAGAGUUGGUAGCCUUCCUUCCGGCUGAGAAAAAAUAUGAAAUUGGUGGAGACCCCUCAAAGUCAAUAUUUCUUAUUAAGGAACUUGUAGAAGACUUUAUAUUCCCAUUUUCUAAGGUGUACCUUCAGUUAGAGCAUGCAGCCGAAAUGCCUGCUGAGCAGGCCAUACCAGUGUGCUCAACUCAACCAACUGUGAUAGCAGCAUAUGAACUACUAGUCACUUUAUGUACAGGCUGUGUUCCCAACCUCAAACUUUUGGCAGAAAUGCUCACGAAUAUGUAUUAUUCAGAUUGCGAUGAAAGCAUUGGGGAAUGGGAAUACCUACCUCCAGUUGGCCCAAGACCUGUGAAGGGAUUUGUAGGGUUAAAAAAUGCAGGGGCUACCUGCUAUAUGAAUUCUGUCCUACAGCAGCUCUACAUGAUAAGACAAAUAAGGCAUGGUGUAUUAGCAGUGGAAGGAGCAGCGACAGAUCCUGAGGAAGAUUUCAGUGGUGAAGAAAGAAUGGAGCAAGAGACCAAUCUUGAUGGAAAUGAAGAAGAUGCUAUGAACAGUAGUUCUAACGAGGAAAGUAGAAAGGAAUAUCACAUAGGGAUUCUCAAGCAGGUGCAGGCUAUCUUUGCACAUUUAGCAUGCUCCAAACUACAGUACUAUGUCCCAAGAGGUCUUUGGAAGCAUUUCAAAUUACAAGGAGAGCCUGUGAACUUGCGGGAGCAACAUGAUGCUUGUGAAUUCUACAAUAUUUUGGUGGAGAGCUUGAAUGAGGCGCUUAAAGCCUUAGGACAUGAACAGAUAAUGAACAAGAUACUUGGGGGUUCUUAUUCUGACCAGAAGAUCUGCAAAACUUGCCCUCACAGGUACUCAAGGGAAGAAACCUUCACGGUCAUCAGUAUCGAUAUACGCAACUACAGCAAUCUCUAUGAUUCCCUAGAACAGUAUGUGAAGGGUGAUUUACUGGAGGGGGAUAAUGCGUAUCUUUGUGAAAAGUGCGACAAAAAGGUUGAUACAGUUAAGCGGAUUUGCUUGAAGAAACUUCCACCUAUUAUGGCCAUACAACUGAAAAGAUUUGACUAUGACUGGGAGAGAGAAUGUUCAAUUAAAUUCAAUGAUUACUUUGAAUUUCCUCGUGAGCUGGAUAUGGAUCCUUACACAGUUGCUGGAUUGGCAAGAAAUGGUGAGCUUAUAGAUUAUGACCCAGAAGAUAUGAAGACAAUCGUAUGCAGCAAAUACAAGUUGACUGGCAUUGUUGUUCACAGUGGCCAGGCGAGUGGGGGUCACUAUUAUUCUUAUAUUCUUCACAGGAAUGGAAAUGAUCAGCGAUGGUACAAGUUUGAUGAUGGAGAAGUAACUGAAUGCAAAAUGGAUGAUGAAGAUGAAAUGAAAAAUCAGUGUUUUGGUGGAGAAUAUAUGGGCGAGCAAGUUUUUGAUAAUAUAAUGAAGAGAGUGAGCUAUCGACGGCAAAAACGAUGGUGGAAUGCUUAUCUACUCUUCUACACCCGGCUAGAUGUCGAGGAGGAUAAUCUUUCUAAUUCAAUGAGUGAACUUAGUUUAGCAGAACGACCAGGGUUAAUAAAAAUGCCUAGUGCCAUAGAUCGAUCAGUGGUACGACAAAAUGUUCGGUUUAUGCACUCCCGCUCCCAGUUCUCCCCAGAAUAUUUUCAGUUCCUCAAGAAACUUAUAAUGACAAAUCAUCCCUUUGUCCUCCAACCUCCACAGGAUAGAGUUGCAGAAAGUGAGGAGAUAGCCAUGAUCAGUACUCAGCUGUGCAGCAAGUUCCUUUUCUCUGUGGGGCUACAUACUAAAAAGACUUUGCGUGGUCCAGCACCGGAGUGGUAUGAUGCACUACAAGUUCAUUUAAGAGCGUCAGUUCACACACGUGCGUGGUUUGCACAGCAUAUAUUAUUUACCCAACCACACCGCUUUAUGGAAUAUCUACUAGAAUGCCCUGCACCGGAAGUUCGGAUGGUGUUUAGCAAGUUAAUAGUCUUGGUGGGUCAUUGUGCUCGCAAUGACCCACCUCAACCAUUAGGAUGGGGACCUUUGAAGCACCAUCCAGGUCUUGAUAUAAGUAGUGGUGGGUGCACUUUAAGUGAUCAAUUGCUUGUGGCUGUGUUACUCCUGCUCAACAAAGAAGUUUCAGAACAUGGCCGACACUUGACACAGUACUUCCAUCUCUUCCAUCUUUAUGCAUCAUUGGGACCUCCAGAAAAGUUACAACUUCUCAAGUUAAAUGUGGUAGAAAUGUUCAUGUUAGUGGCGCUAGAUGAAGGACCAGGCCCAGCCAUAAAGUAUCAGUAUGCUGAAUUGGGGCGAUUAUAUCAGGUAGUUUCACAGUUAAUCAGAUCAUGUGAUGUUUCUCACAAGCAACAGUCUUCUCAACAAAAUACGUCUCCUCUUCCUAAUCCUCAUGGAGAUGCAUCAUGCACUGAACCUCUAAUGCCUAUCCAACCAAAAGUAGCAGAGAUCCUCUAUGGCCGAGCAACAUAUGUCAAGAAGAUCAUUGAGGAUGCAAAUACAUCAGAAGAUACAGUUAAACUACUCAAAUUUUGUUGUUGGGAAAACCCCCUCUUCUCUUCAACGGUUCUCUCGGAGCUACUGUGGCAGAUUGCAUAUUCCUACACAUAUGAAUUAAGACCAUAUCUUGAUCUCUUACUGCAUAUGCUACUACUUGAUGACUCCUGGCAAAAUCAUCGAAUUCACAACGCACUUAAAGGUAUUCCUGAUGAUCGAGAAGGUUUAUUUGAUACAAUCCAGCGAAGUAAAAACCACUAUCAGAAGAGAGCGUAUCAGUGUAUAAAAUGUAUGGUGUCACUUUUUUCAUCUUGCUUGGCUGCUCAACAGAUGUUGCACUCUAAUGGUGAUUUAAAACGAAAGUGGACCUGGGCUGUAGAUUGGCUGAAUGAUGAGUUAGACCGCCGCCCAUAUGCAGCCAAUCAACAGUAUGGCUUCAAUAACUGGUCUCCUCCAGCACAGAGCAAUGAAACUAGUAAUGGUUACUUUUUGGAACGUUCACCAAGUGCUCGGUCUACAUUAGAAAAGGCUUAUGAACUUUGUCCUGAAGAUGAACCUGAACCAGAAGAAUGUGAGGAGGCAGAAGUUGCUGUUCCUGAAGAAGUGGCUCCUCUUCCUCCUUCCUCAGAACCUGGGCAGCAGCAGCAACAGCCACAGCAGCAACAACCACUACAGCAGCAGCAGCCACCAGGGCAGCAGCAACAACAACAACAGCAACAACAGCAGCAACAACAACAGCAACAACAGCAACAACAACAACAGCAACAACAGCAGCAGCAGCAGCAGCAGCAGCAGCAAAAAGUGCCACCUACCUCAGGACCACAACCUUCUAGUUCACAGCUAAAUUUUUCAACUAAAGAUUCUUCAGUGAGCUGUCAGAAUCGAAGCCAUAGUGGUGGUUCAGUAACAGUUACCAGUGGUAGUGGUAGCAGCACUGGAAGUACAGAGGUAACUUCUGCUAAUAUUACCACCACCAUUCCAACUACAGCUACAACAUCCACAACUUGCAUAGUAGGAACAACAGGUGGUAGUACCACCAUGAUUGUUAGUACAAGUAACCAAGGAGGACCACAAACUAGUACCACCACUAAUACCAGCAUUACCAGCACUAGCAGUAGCAGCAGUUCUUGCAGUACCAUCAACAGUACUAGCAGCAGUGUAGGUGGCACAAAUAAGACCACACCAUCCCCACAAUUAACUCCAAAUUCCCAGCCCUCUGUGCAGGACAGUACCCAGGAAAAUUAAGUUCUUUUACAGAUACAAUUGACUGAAAUUGAAAAAAUGUAUUAGAUUUUUCUUAGACGGAAAUUACUUAGAUUGGGGAGCUUCAGAAAUCAAAGUUGCUUUUGCUAAUGUACAUUGUGUGAAGAGAAAGGUCACAGUUGAAGAAGUGUCAUUGUAUUAAAGGAAAAGGCUAAGCAAUGAAGAUUUUUAGAUUCUCAUCAGUAACUUGUCUGAAUCUAUUUAAGAAUAAUCCACUGCAUUAUUCAGAUGUUUUUAGUAGUGGAUAUCAGAAUGGUUUGAAAUGGAUGUUCUGUUAUUUAUAAUGAAAAAUAUAUAUAUGUGAUUGUAAAUAAACGAGUGGCAGUGAUUUGUAUUGCUGUGAGAAGAAUGUUCCUUCUGCUCAAAGUGAAUGUUGGGACCCUCCAUAUAUUUCAUGUGACUGGUGACCACAAGUUUCACAGCAGAACUUUGAUGUGAAAAAUCAUGUGAAUACAGUCAUGGAUUACAUGGAAACUACCCCAAGUAAGGCAAGUAUGAGUGAACUGUGGAGGGUGGGGUGUAUAAGAAACAAUAUACCUACUGGCAAUUAUGGAAUUAGUGUAUUCUUGCAUUACAUCCUGAUUUCUAUGGCAAGUGGCUUUUAAAAUUCAGUCAUUUUGAAUUUUUUCAGAAACUAAAAAUGUUUCUUGUAUUAAAAUUUGCAUUUUUCAUUUAAAUGAGUAAUAUCCUUUUUGAAAAAAAUAUAUUUCCACUUAUGUGCUUAAUUCAGUAUUUACUUAAAUUUUGACUAUGUAUGUACUGAAGAUUCCACAAGUGACUAGUCAAGCAGUGAGUAGCAGAAGCUCCAAAACAAGUCUGCUGUUUUUUUGGCCUUUGUAGGCAGCACCUGCCUGCUAAACCUGGACAUUAACAAAUGGUAUUGCAUUCAGGUGUUCUAGAACCACAUAUAGACUGUUUAAUUAACUUAACACCAUGGCCUCUCUUUAGCCAAGUGCCAAUGCCAUGUGAGCCACCUUUGAAGAUGGAGCAGCACUGUGAGCCUUGUACAUCACCUGCUAUUGCAAAGUGCAAUGAUUUAAAGAACAAAGACUAAUUUAGUGAAAUUUUUGUAGUGGGAUUGAGGCAGUGCCUAUGAAUGUGAUUGAAAUAUCAAUUAUUCCUUAAGAAAAUAUUUAGUGAACAGUGAGGCUCAAAGCUUGAAUUCCAUGCUUGGGUUCCAUGGUUAAAUUUUGUGGUAUGUUUGGAUUCUGGCAAAAACUGGCUUGGAAUUUGUUUUCUGCUGUUGAUGCCAUGGUUUGGAGAAUGAGAACUAAGUAGGAAUCCAUGUCCUGAUACUCCAACAUUAUCUACAAUUGAAUAUUACUCUUUGCCAACCAGCAUUUUAAGUCACGCCCUGCACCAAUUGUCCAAGCAUAUAUUUUUUCCUCCCCCUCUUUCCUCCCCAUUCUUUACACUUUCACCUUCUCCCCAUCCCCAUGGGAGUAAUGCGACUCUCGUAUCAUUGUGAGUAGUUAGGUUGUUAUAACUUUUAGGUGGUCCUAAAUGUUGGAUGCAUUUCUUGAUAAGAGCAAAUGAGAAGUGUAUCAGUCAUUUGGUUCCACUAAAGGCUAUAACAACAAUGAAGCUCACAAUUGCUGCUUGUUGUCUGUGAGAGCCCUGUGCUGCUGCAAAGGUGUAACCACCUCUUAUUGUGACUUAAACUUUUUGUAUGGAAACUUUGUUAGUUCCCUAUUUCUAUUAAUGAUAAAGCAGUUUGGAGUGGAACUAGUGGUAGCAGUCAGACACCAUCUUAGGAGCUGAUCCAGCCUCGUGCAUCUGCUUGUUACUGUCUUGUUUGCCUACUAAUGUAUUAUAGGUUUCCCACACAGAUGCCUUUUUUGUUUUAAGGACCUCAAGUUUGAAUACUGGAAAAAAUGAUAUUGGGAAGUGUGUGGCUGUUCUGUAAAUUCAAAACUGAAUAUUUAAUAUUUGAAUGACUGUAGGUGGGGUUUUGUCAAUUGGUUAUUUUUAUUAUUAUUAUUGUCAUUAUUAUUAUUAUUACUGCCACCAUCUGUGAUUAUAUGAAAUAGUGAAGACAUGUAAACAAUGUAUGAUGUAGUAUUUUCAUGUUACUACUUUGUCAAUAAUUGUAAAGCACCAGAGAAUACUUGUAUAUCACUGUAUAAGAUAUAAUUUAAUUGAAACUAAGCACUUUUUUAUUGAAAUCAUUUAACAGAUUUAUUUUUAUGCCAAUACCCUUUUUCCUUCAACAUCAUGCUUUUGUGUCUAAAAUAAAACCAGCGCUUAUUGUAAUCUUUUAUUUGUGUUAGGAUUCACAUUAAUUUAUUAUUGUAUGGCUGAAUAUGCUAAAAUACAACUAAAGGAUUUUA